AUGGCGAUUUUUAGUGUGUAUGUGGUGAACAAAGCUGGCGGCUUGAUUUACCAGUUGGACAGCUACGCGCCACGGGCUGAGGCUGAGAAAACUUUCAGUUAUCCGCUGGAUCUGCUGCUCAAGCUACACGAUGAGCGUGUGUUGGUUGCUUUCGGCCAGCGGGACGGCAUCCGAGUGGGUCAUGCAGUGCUGGCCAUCAAUGGCAUGGACGUGAAUGGCAGGUACACGGCCGACGGGAAAGAGGUGCUGGAGUAUCUGGGUAACCCUGCUAAUUACCCGGUGUCCAUUCGAUUUGGCCGGCCCCGCCUCACUUCUAAUGAGAAGCUUAUGCUGGCCUCCAUGUUCCACUCGCUCUUUGCCAUCGGCUCCCAGCUGUCUCCUGAACAGGGAAGCUCAGGCAUUGAGAUGCUGGAGACAGACACAUUCAAAUUGCACUGCUACCAGACACUGACAGGGAUCAAGUUUGUGGUUCUAGCAGAUCCUAGGCAAGCUGGAAUAGAUUCUCUUCUCCGAAAGAUUUAUGAGAUUUACUCAGACUUUGCCCUCAAGAAUCCAUUCUAUUCCUUAGAAAUGCCUAUCAGGUGUGAGCUCUUUGACCAGAACCUGAAGCUAGCUCUGGAGGUGGCAGAGAAGGCUGGAACUUUUGGACCUGGGUCAUAGGCUGAACCUGUUAUGGACCCCCAAAUUCUGAGAGUUCCUGCAACAAGAAUACUGCUGUUGACACUCCAGUGGAAAUCCCAGCAGCCUUGUUAGUGCACUUGAAAGUGGGAGAAUGCUGACCCUGAUGACUUGUACUGAUUCCUGAGCCUUAACACUGUGCUCUUUCCUUCUGUAUAUACCAUGGUCUUACUUUCCAACUCUGUACAGAUUUAUUUAUGGAGGAGCUAGGUCCAUAAAUGUUGUAAUAAAUAUUCCUUUGAUCUUGGUGUUUGCAA